UUUGUUGCAGACUGGUCCUCAGUUGCAAGUGUACCACUGCUGUUCUGGACGAGACGUUGAAGAGGUGCGGAGAGAAUCGUUUAAACCAUGGGACCCCUUUUACUUGGUGUGUUUGGGUGUUCCCUGAUCUUGGCUUGCCAGGGCUUCUACUCAGCUAGCGACGAUGUGGUCGAACUCAACCCCUCCAACUUCAACCGGGAGGUUCUCCAGAGCGACAGCCUGUGGCUCAUCGAGUUUUACGCUCCCUGGUGUGGUCACUGCCAGAGCCUGACAGCUGAUUGGAAGAAAACAGCUACAGCGUUGAAGGGCAUCGUUAAGGUUGGCGCGGUGGACGCUGACCAACACAAAAGCCUGGGCGGGCAGUACGGGGUCAAAGGUUUCCCCACCAUCAAGAUCUUCGGCGCCAAUAAGAACAAGCCAGAUGAUUACCAAGGUGCGCGGAGUAGUCAGGCCAUUGUGGAUGGGGCCCUGAAUGCUCUCCGCUCUCUGGUGAAGGACAGGAUGAGUGGCAGGUCAGGUGGCUCCGACUACAACCGACAGAGUGGAGGCGGCGGCGGGGGCAGCAAGAAGGAUGUGGUGGAGCUGACUGACGACAACUUCGACCGCCUGGUCCUGGGCAGCGACGACGUGUGGCUGGUGGAGUUCUUCGCCCCCUGGUGCGGCCACUGCAAGAACCUGGAGCCCGAAUGGACGGCGGCGGCCUCGGCCGUGAAGGAGCAGACCAAGGACAAGGUCCACCUGGGCGCCGUGGACGCCACCGUGCACCAGGGCCUCGCCAGCCGCUACGGAAUCCGUGGAUUCCCCACCAUUAAGAUCUUUAAAAAGGGGGAGGAGCCUGAGGACUACCAAGGGGGGAGGACCAGAAGUGACAUCAUCGCCCAAGCUCUGGAUCUGUUCUCUGAAAAUGCCCCUCCCCCAGCGAUAUAUGAGAUCCUGAAUGAAGAUGUCCUGAAGAAGACCUGUGAGGAAUACCAGCUAUGUGUCAUUGCGGUGCUGCCACACAUCCUGGACACAGGUGCUGCGGGCAGGAAUGGCUACCUGGAGGUGAUGAUGAAGAUGGCAGAGAAGUACAAGAAGAAGAUGUGGGGGUGGCUGUGGACUGAGGCCGGGGCUCAGAUGGAUCUGGAGGCGUCUCUAGGUAUCGGAGGGUUCGGCUACCCCGCCAUGGCAGCCAUCAAUGCACGCAAGAUGAAGUUCGCCCUGCUCAAAGGCUCCUUCAGUGAGACCGGCAUUCAUGAGUUUCUCAGGGAUCUGUCUGUAGGCCGCGGCUCUACUGCUACUGUCGGGGGCGGGGCUUUGCCUAAGAUUAACUCGGUCGAGCCCUGGGACGGUAAAGACGGAGAGCUUCCUGUGGAGGAAGACUACGACCUGAGCGACAUCGACCUGGACGAUGACUUUGGGAAGGAGGAGUUGUGAGCCCCGGCAUUUCUGGGGGGCCGGAUCCCGUUGGAUCCGGCUGGGAGCCAUCUUGUUUGUCUGGCUUAGCACAUUGCGACCCAUCUCUCCUCUCCUGUGGAGCAAGGUACAGAUUGGGUCUCCCUGUUUUCGACAUACACCAGAAGAAAAAAAAAAUGAAAUGAAGAUUAUGGCCCUGUUUGAAUCGUUCAGGAAUGUAUCCUUAGUUUCCUUGGGGUGAGCACGGAUCUGUAAUUGGUCAGACUGAUAAAACUGUUACCAAUGCAACCAUUUUAGAUCUGUGAUUAUGUCAAGGAAAGAUGGAAAUUAUUCAUUUCUGAACUAUUUGAAUGGCGCCAGAGACAGUCAGUUGGUCAGAAUCUCCGUCUGGCGAUCCAAGUCGAAAGGUGUGGCCAGCAGUCGACUUCAACACACAGACCUGCUGACCGUUUAGCUGCGUUCGUAACCAUGUGGCGGUUGGCAGUUUGCCGGUUGUGAGGUGGCAAAUACCAGUCGGACCCCUUUACUGGCUUUGAACUAAUCGAAAAAUGCUGAUUGUCUAAUGGCUGAUGCCGCGUCAACCACAAAAUGAAACUACAGCUAUAAUGCCUGGAAACGAAUGAGUCAAGAACUACAAAUAUAUUUAAGUGACAUGUUAGAUUGCUCUCAAAUUCUGUUAUCAGGGUUGUUUCAUUUGUGAUGUCAGUGGGCUGGGUGCGGUGGAGUAAAAGCUCAGGGAUUUCCCCCCCCGCUGUCCACUUCCAGUUGGUGAGAUGUAGAUGUUCCACAGUCAAAUGUGAAUUCUCACUUCCCCCUUGGUUAGGAACGCAGCAGAAGUCACCGCUUAACUUAUACUGGCCCUGCCUUUUUAUUUUUAUUCUUGGGAGAAGAGGAGUUUCCGAAUUUGUCUGUCCAAUUGUAACAAUCAAUUCUGCAAAGGUCUCUUCUAUGUUUUCAUUUAUCUCCGACAUCCAGCUAGUCAAAGAUCUGGUUGUUUCCAAUUUCACUUAAUUAUAUUUUUGGAUUUCGGUGUCGUUUAAAAAAUAAUUAUGUCUGGGAGAACAAGAUUUUACAUUGUGUUUUGUUCCGGACAAAUAGGAACGCUGUGGGACUUCUUGUGUAGAUUCUUCUUGUGUAGAUUUUUUACAUGUUUUAUUUUGAUUGUGUGAAAACAAGGACAUUUUUGUUACAAAAAUAAAAAGAGAAUAAAAACAA